GAGAAGCGCCCGUGAGAUCCGGUGCAGGACCCCCCCUGGGCACACCCCUGGAGGCUCUCCCAUCCUCAUCAACAUCAACCGGGCAGAGCUGAGCAACCCAGAGGUCAAGUACAAUUAUACGGAGGACCCCACCAUCCAGAAGAUCGAUCCUGAGUGGAGCAUCAACAGCGGUGGGACACUGCUGACUGUGACCGGCACCAACCUGGCCACCAUCAAGGAGCCCAGGAUCCGGGCCAAGUACUGCAGCUCUGAAAGGGAGAACAACUGCACUGUCUACAAUGACACCACCAUGGUGUGCUACGCGCCCUCCAUCGACAACCCCGUGCGGAGCCCUCCGGAGGUUGGUGACCGCCCAGAUGAGAUCGGCUUCAUCAUGGAUAAUGUCCAGACCCUGCUGAUCAUCAACACCACCAAUUUCAUCUACUACCCGGACCCUGUCUUUGAGCCACUCAGCCCCACGGGGAUGCUGGAGCUGAAGCCCAGCUCUCCCCUCAUCCUCAAGGGCAGGAACCUGCUUCCACCGGCUGCUGGUAACUCCCGCCUGAACUACACGGUGCUGAUCGGAGACACUCCCUGCACCCUGACCGUCUCCGAAACCCAGCUCCUCUGCGAGUCCCCGAACCUCACCGGCCAGCAUAAAGUCACGAUCAAGGCUGGAGGGUUCGAGUUCUCCCCGGGGACGCUGCAGAUCUACUCGGACAGCCUGCUCACCCUGCCUGCCAUCAUCGGGAUUGGCGGCGGGGGUGGUCUGCUCCUCCUCAUCAUCAUCAUCGUCCUCAUUGCCUACAAGCGCAAGUCCCGGGAUGCUGACCGGACCCUGAAACGCCUCCAGCUGCAGAUGGACAACCUGGAAUCCCGGGUGGCCCUGGAGUGCAAAGAAGCCUUUGCUGAGCUGCAGACUGACAUUAAUGAGCUGACCAAUGACCUGGAUGGGGCUGGCAUCCCCUUUCUGGAUUACCGCACCUACGCCAUGCGGGUUCUUUUCCCAGGGAUAGAAGACCACCCCGUGCUGAAGGAGAUGGAGGUCCAGGCAAACGUGGAGAAGUCCUUGACCCUCUUUGGGCAGCUCCUGAACAAGAAGCACUUCUUGCUGACCUUCAUCCGCACUCUGGAGGCUCAGCGGAGCUUUUCCAUGCGGGACCGUGGCAACGUGGCCUCCCUCAUCAUGACAGCACUGCAGGGUGAGAUGGAGUACGCCACGGGCGUGCUGAAGCAGCUCCUCUCUGACCUCAUCGAGAAGAACCUGGAGAGUAAGAACCACCCCAAGCUGCUCUUGCGGAGAACGGAGUCGGUGGCAGAGAAGAUGCUGACAAAUUGGUUCACAUUUCUGCUCUACAAGUUUCUGAAGGAGUGUGCUGGAGAACCACUCUUCAUGCUCUACUGUGCCAUCAAGCAGCAGAUGGAGAAGGGACCCAUUGAUGCCAUCACAGGAGAGGCUCGCUACUCCCUCAGUGAAGACAAGCUUAUCCGGCAGCAGAUUGACUACAAAAUGCUGACCCUCAACUGCGUAAACCCCGAGAACGAGAAUGCCCCAGAGAUCCCUGUCAAGGUGCUGAACUGUGACACCAUCACACAGGUGAAAGAGAAGCUGCUGGAUGCCGUCUACAAGGGGGUGCCUUAUUCCCAGCGACCCAAAGCCGGAGACAUGGACCUGGAGUGGCGGCAGGGCAGGAUGGCCCGGAUCAUACUGCAGGACGAAGAUGUCACCACAAAGAUCGACAACGACUGGAAGAGACUAAACACCCUGGCUCACUACCAGGUGACGGAUGGCUCCUCAGUAGCCCUGGUGCCCAAGCAGAACUCGGCAUACAACAUCUCCAACUCCUCCACCUUCACCAAGUCCCUCAGCAGAUAUGAGAGCAUGCUGCGGACCGCCAGCAGCCCCGACAGCCUGCGCUCGCGGACCCCCAUGAUCACCCCCGACCUGGAGAGCGGCACCAAGCUCUGGCACCUGGUGAAAAACCACGACCACAUGGACCAGCGGGAGGGCGACCGGGGCAGCAAAAUGGUCUCUGAAAUCUACCUGACCCGCCUGUUAGCCACCAAGGGCACCCUGCAGAAAUUCGUGGAUGACUUGUUUGAGACCAUCUUCAGCACAGCACAUCGUGGGAGCGCACUGCCCCUCGCCAUCAAAUACAUGUUUGAUUUCCUGGAUGAACAAGCUGAUAAGCAUCAGAUCAAUGAUUACGAUGUCAGGCACACCUGGAAGAGUAACUGUCUACCUCUACGUUUUUGGGUGAAUGUGAUUAAGAACCCCCAGUUUGUGUUUGACAUUCACAAGAACAGUAUUACUGAUGCCUGCCUAUCCGUGGUGGCUCAGACAUUCAUGGACUCCUGCUCAACUUCUGAGCACAAGCUAGGAAAAGACUCUCCUUCCAACAAACUCCUGUACGCCAAGGACAUCCCCAACUACAAGAGCUGGGUAGAAAGAUAUUAUGCAGAUAUAGCUAAAAUGCCAGCGAUCAGUGACCAGGACAUGAGUGCGUACCUGGCGGAGCAGUCGCGGUUACACCUCAGCCAGUUCAACAGUAUGAGCGCGCUGCAUGAGAUUUACUCCUACAUCACCAAGUACAAGGACGAGAUUUUAGCUGCAUUGGAGAAGGACGAGCAGGCCCGGAGGCAGCGGCUGAGGAGUAAGCUGGAGCAGGCGAUCGACACAAUGGCCUUAAGCAGCUGA